AUGAAUUCCCCGUCGAAAUUAAACGAUUUCUUUGGAAUCGUGGAUGACUUUUUUAAGAAAACGUUUAGAGAAAAUUCACACAUAUUUUUGGCGGUAAAAUCCACACAAUUCUCUGAGUCCUUUCCAGGCAAGCAAUUCUUCUUUACCACAACAGAUUCGCAAGCACCUACAUCUAAUGGAAACUCCGAAACUACUGAAACUGAAACGCGAAAAACGCCGAAUUACAUGUCUUUCUCUCCGCGGCUUAUUCUCAACCGCGACGGUGGUGGGUUUGGAAAAGUUAAACUCGGCUGCGGACUUCGCAUCCCGCAUGUGUGUCACUUUGAACAAGGCCUCGCCCUCACUAACGGGGGUGUGGUAUCCACUAACGUCAAGUUGUCUGAUCUGCUGGACGGUCUUGUGCUCAAGGGACGUGUGUCGGUAAAUACUAUUGCUCCAGCUUCACGAGAUGUUUCUACAGCUACUGUUGAUUAUCAUCGUCGUGACUUUUACUCUUCUCUUGGUUAUCAACGUAAUGGACUCGGUAGCAGUGAUCUUCUUGUGGAUUUUGGAACAAAGUUCUUUAAUCUUCUCGCAGGUGCUGGGUUUGAGCGGCAGAAGCUAUCGUAUCUUGAGCAGCAUGAUGCUGCAGCACAGAUGGAUGUGCUCUACGCUGGUUUAGGCUUCACUGGUGUGAAUUGGUCCAUUGGGGCCAAAAUGGUUCGUGCGAAUGAUGCAUGGAGUAAUGCCCGAGUAGCAUUUUAUCAACGUAUGGCACCUAAUACUUCUGUGGCCUGUUCUUAUAACUUUGACUUGUCAGCUUCUCAGACACUUGUCUCAUUGGGAUUCUCACAAGGAUUUCGUUUGCGUGUGCCAACCAUUCUACAGCAGCGAGCAGAAGAACAAGUGGAUGAGUGGACAGCAAUUUUGCCAUUUGUUGGGGCAGUAAAGGCGGAAAGUAAUGGGACGUGUGCGAUGACCAUUCGUGGUGUUUUUAAUGGGGUGGUUCGCUGGGGCCUAAUUGCUCAUAAAAAUCUUCUUAUAGACAAAGACCCGAUACGAUACGGUUUGACUAUAUCGAUGGAGUCAAGUUGA